AAAAUACAAAUAUUGAUAUCGAAACUUUGGAAGAUGUUUUUAUAUUAGAUGAAAAUCAAGAUAAUCUAGCUGAUGCUAAUAAUAAUAAAAAACAGUCAAUGCUUUUUUAUUGGAAAGAAAAUCGCGAAAUAUCAUACUUAUCAUCAAUACUUGAUUCUCAAAUUAAAAAGUUUGAUUUUGCACCUUAUGAAAUGGAAUGGACUCUUUAUUCUUUAAAAGAGAAAUAUGAUGACAUGAAAUUUA